AUGGAGCGCACGAUCGAUAUCUACUUCAACAAGCUGGGGGAUGAGAAGCUUGACAUCAAAGUACGAGCAAAUGUCGCAACCGAGUUGCGGGACAGUAUUGAACCAUUAUGCGCGGGCGCAAACUAUCCCGUCUUUCUGGCCAAGCUUUGGCCAGUCUUCAAGGCUAUCCUGAAGGGGGAUCCGGUCUUCUUGAGCAUGUCUUAUGAGCAGAAACUUCGAAACUGUAUUCUCGAAACGAUCCACCGAUUACCAAUGGCCCCUCCCGAUGUCGAACCAUACGCCGCGGAUAUGGUUGAUUUGUUGAUGGAACUCGCGCGCAUCGAGAAUGAGGAUAAUGCAGUUCUGUGCAUGAAGACCAUCAUGGAUCUGGAAAGGAACCAAGCAAAGGCCACCGCGGCACGGGUGCAGCCUUUCCUAGAGCUAAUUCAAGAAAUGUUCCAGACCAUGGAGCAGGUCGUCCGAGAUACCUUCGACACCCCGAACCAAGCGACCCCUUCCGGGAUGCCUUCGACUCCGAAUGCCAGUUCACAGAACUUUCAAUCACCUCGACCAAGCUCGCCUGCCACAUCAGUUUCAGACUUGGGCCCUGAGCAACAAUCCAGCAAUGUUCUCUUGAAGGGGAUGCAGUCGUUCAAAGUACUUGCUGAAUGCCCUAUCAUCGUCGUUUCGAUCUUCCAGACUCAUCGCGCUUCAGUCGCACAGAACGUCAAACUUUUCGUACCCCUCAUUAAGACGAUCUUGCUUCUGCAGGCGAAGCCGCAGGAGAAGGCGCAUGCCGAUGCUGCAGCUCAAGGCACAAUAUUCACUGGCGUUUGCAAGGAGAUCAAGAACAGAGCUGCAUUUGGGGAGUUUAUUACAGCUCAGGUUAAGACCAUGAGCUUCCUGGCCUACCUCCUUCGCCUCUAUGCCCACCAACUUCAAGAUUUCCUUCCUACUCUCCCGUCUGUGGUUGUUCGGCUUCUUCAGGACUGCCCACGUGAAAAAUCUGGCGCUCGAAAGGAGCUCCUUGUCGCGAUCCGACACAUUAUCAAUUUCAAUUAUCGGAAGAUCUUCCUGGAGAAAAUUGAUGAACUUCUGGACGAGCGAACAUUGAUUGGCGACGGCCUGACAGUAUAUGAGACCAUGAGGCCUUUAGCGUAUAGCAUGCUAGCCGAUCUCAUCCACCAUGUUCGUGACCAUCUCAGUCGCGAUCAGAUCCGUCGAACUGUCGAGGUAUAUACCAAAAACCUCCAUGACGAUUUUCCCGGUACCAGUUUCCAAACGAUGAGUGCCAAGCUGCUAUUGAACAUGGCAGAGAAGAUAUCUAAGCUUGAGGAUAAGCGAGAGGCUCGCUAUUUCCUGAUCAUGAUACUGGAUGCCAUCGGAAUCUCGGAAGAGACCGAGCCCUCAAACGACUCAUACCUUGCUGAGAAGGACCAUCCUCCUGACUGGGACGAAAUAGACAUCUUCUCUGCUUCGCCAAUCAAGACUUCUAGCCCGCGUGACCGUGGUAGUGACCCCGUUUCGGAUAAUAUCUUCCUCUUCAGGAACCUCAUCAAUGGGCUCAAGAACAUCUUCCACCAGCUUAAGAAUUGCAACCCGGAUGAUAUCCAGAUCGAUCCAAACAGCGUUCCUAUUAACUGGUCUGAGGUGUCUUAUGGUUACAAUGCCGAAGAGGUUCAUGUUAUCAAGAAACUCUUCCACGAGGGUGCUCGUGUCUUCCGCUAUUACGGCGUGGAUCAAUCUCCACCGGAAGUCAACUACUCCUCACCAUUCGAUUUCCUCGCUAGUCAAUAUACGGCACCCAUGUCCCGUGAAGAGAAGGAACUCCUGGAGAGCUUCGGUACUGUCUUCCAUUGCAUCGACACAGCAACCUUUCACGAAGUCUUCCACUCUGAAAUUCCCUAUCUCCACGAGCUCAUGUUCGAGCAUGGCGCGCUCCUCCACCUCCCACAAUUCUUCCUUGCCAGCGAAGCCACCUCACCAGCCUUCUCCGGGAUGGUACUCCAGUAUCUUAUGGAACGCAUUCAUGAGGUUGGAACGUCAGACAUGACCAAAGCGAAGAUUCUUUUAAGAAUGUUCAAACUCUCCUUCAUGGCCGUGACGUUAUUUUCUGUGCAGAAUGAGCAAGUUCUCCACCCACAUGUCACAAAGAUUGUCACCAAGUGUAUUGAGUUAUCAGUUACUGCCGAGGAGCCUAUGAACUACUUCCUCCUUCUGCGCUCUCUCUUCCGCAGCAUUGGCGGUGGCCGAUUCGAGCUUCUAUACAAGGAAAUCCUACCCUUGCUUGAGAUGCUCCUCGAGACCUUCAACAAUCUUCUACUCGCCGCUCGCAAACCCCAAGAGCGUGAUCUUUAUGUUGAGCUCACUUUGACCGUACCUGCCCGGCUGAGCCAUCUUUUACCUCAUCUCAGCUACCUCAUGCGCCCCAUUGUUGUCGCCUUGCGUGCUGAUUCAGAUCUUGUUGGUCAAGGUCUCCGCACGCUUGAACUUUGCGUGGACAAUUUGACCGCCGACUAUCUCGAUCCGAUCAUGGCCCCGAUCAUGGAUGAGCUGAUGACCGCGCUCUGGGACCACCUCCGCCCUCAUCCUUAUAACCACUUCCACGCCCACACCACAAUGAGAAUACUUGGAAAGCUUGGCGGUCGCAACCGCAAGUUCUUGAACCAUCCACCAGAGUUGAACUUCCAGCAAUACUCCGAUGAUAAUCCCAGCUUUGAUAUCCGGCUAAUUGGCCCAGGGGAGAAGCGUCCCUUCCCUGUGGAUACCGGCAUUGAUCUGGCCAUUGGCAAACUGAUGGAAGCCCCGAAAUCCACCUCGUCCAAGGGCUCCGACAUUUACUACAAGCAACAAGCCUACCGCAUGCUCAGUUCACACCUUAAGCUUCAAAUCGGAUUUGAAAAUCUGCCUGAUGACUUGGCAUCCCUCAUCAGACUUCAUGCCAAUGAUCUUGUGGAUGGCAAGGUUAAUGCUAUGGUUGACAUUCUCGAGAAAUCGGAGCGGUCAGCUUCCAUUCCAAAGAAAGUGGCGCAGGAAGCCACUGUGAAGAAGCUCAUCAAGGCUUGCAUCUUUGCCACAACCAUUCCAGAGCUCGAGAUAUCUGCAAAGGCUUUUGUGGCCGAUGUUUGCAAGCACAUUACAGUCCUGGAGGUUGGCCGUGCUCUUUCCCAAGCCCGCCACAGCCGCAAGUCCUUCGACGUAGCUAACGGAGAGGGCCCUGUUUACCUCGACUCACGGGUUCUCGCUGAAGCUAUUGUUGAGACGCUCUCAUCGGACAAUGUUCACGUUCGAGAAGCUGCUGAACAGGCUUUGGUGGUUGUCAAGGAAGCGGCGGUCAUUAUAUUUGGUUCCUCUGAGAAAGCAGCCAAGCUUCCGUUCUUUCAGCACUUAGGUCGUGUGUUCUGCCACAGCUGCUUUAGCGAGGAGUGGUUUACCAAAGCUGGUGGAAGCUUAGGUAUCCAACUACUGGCCACCAAGUUAGAUCUCGGUGAUUCCUGGCUCUAUGAGCGCCACAUCGACUUCGCUCGCGCCCUUAUUUAUGUGAUCAAGGAUACACCCCCCGAUCUCCCUGCCGCUACACGCAUUCAAUCCCAGGAUACCUUGACCUUGAUCCUUCAACGGGGUGGCAAGCUCAUUCCUAAAGACGAUGUUAAGAACGAGAAGAGCCGCGUUGUUGCUCUCUGUGGGUUCUUCGUGUUUGAGCUUGGUCACAUGAACAAGCAUGUUCGCGAGACCUGUCGUCGUUGCUUCGCCACUCUCGCAGAAGAAUUGGGCUGCGAGGUCCAUGAGCUUAUCCACCCGGUCAGGGACCGUCUCCUGCAGUCGAUUUUCAACAAGCCUCUCCGUGCCCUGCCUUUUCCCACGCAGAUUGGCUUUAUCGAUGCCAUCACCUAUUGCUUGAGCCUGCACAACGAAAUCGUGACGUUUAAUGAACCCCUCAAUCGAUUGAUGCUGGAAUCUCUCGCACUUGCCGAUGCCGAUGAUGAGUCGCUAGCUUCAAAGCCAAAUGAGUUCAAGAAUGCCGAGAUGAUCGUGAACCUACGUGUCGCUUGCCUGCGUCUUUUGUCCAUGGCCAUGACUUUCCAGGAGUUUGCCAACACUCCGAACAAUACCAGUCGCGCACGCAUUAUCUCUGUCUUCUUCAAGUCGCUAUACUCUCGCUCCCCUGAAGUCAUCGAAGCCGCUAAUGCCGGUCUUAAGGAUGUCCUUACUCAGACCAACAAACUGCCAAAGGACUUGCUGCAGAACGGCCUGCGUCCUAUUCUCAUGAAUCUUCAGGAUCCGAAACGUCUAAGUGUUGCUGGACUUGACGGACUCGCUCGUCUUUUGACUCUUCUGACCAAUUACUUCAAGGUGGAGAUUGGUGCUCGUCUCUUGGACCAUAUGAAGGUCAUUGCAGACGAUGGUGUGCUCCAGAAGGUCUCUUUCAGCCUCGUUGAACAGAACCCUGCCAUGAAGAUUGUGGCCGCGAUCUUUAAUAUCUUCCACCUCCUCCCACCCGCCGCCACAUCUUUCAUGGAACAUCUGGUCAACAAGGUACUUGAUCUUGAGCAAAAGCUGCGACGGACCUCACAUAGUCCCUUCCGCAAACCCCUUGUCAAGUAUCUCAACCGCUACCCGAAGGAGAGUCUUGCCUUCUUCUUUGCACGGUUCAAGGACGAGCGCUUCGGACGUUUCUUCGGACAAAUCUUGGCGGACCCGGAGAGUGAGAGUCUGCGCAAUGCGGUCGUCACUGACACUGACGGAUUCACCUCAAAUGCUUUUGCACCCGAGGCAACUGAUGGCAAAAACACCGCUGCCAUCAAUGGUAUCUAUGUUGCGCAUUCCGUUUCUUUAUAUCCCUCUACCAAGAAUUGGCUGGUUUCAAACGCCGAUCUAAGGUCCAAGCUGUUGACCUAUGGGAGAGAGCUGGAGCGGAAACUUCGGGGUGAUAGCUUGCCUCCCGAUGAGCGCCUGAGAGUCGAACAGGCCGAAGAUCAGUUGAUGGAUGUCUUCACAGUCUACCUUGGAGAAGCUUCCCAUGACUUGGAUUUCCUGUUCGAAGUCAUUGACGGUCUUUCCGCGGACGAACUUAAGCGUACACUGGCACUUCCUAAAUUCAUCUUUCGCCAUAUCAUCACCAACGAGUCGAUUGACUACCGUCGCUCGGUCAUCAUGCGCUGCCUUGACCUAUACGGUCAACGGGCCUGCUCCCAGAAGACCAAGACCUAUGCCUUCCGCCACCUUGUCAAUCCAAUUUUCGCGAUGGAUGUCCAAGCUUCGUGGAACAGCCCAGCCAGUGCCCCCAGGUUGAUGGACAAGAGCAUGACUGAAUCGAUUCAAAGCCGCCUGUGGAAGCCACAAUUGUCUGAUGUUUGUGACGAAUCAAGCCAGGCUGGCGUUGACCAUUCGCGCAUGGAGUUGCUUCAACUGUCUGCCUUGUUGAUUAAAUAUCACUCGCAGACCGUCCAAGAGUCCCGCAAGGACAUCAUCAAAUUCGCCUGGAAUUACAUUCGUCUUGAAGACAUCAUCAAUAAGUACGGUGCAUACGUCCUCAUCAGCUAUUUCAUAGCGCAUUACGAGACACCCUACAAGAUAGUGAUCCAAGUUUACGUCGCUCUGCUCCGAGCCCAUCAGAAUGAGGGCCGGGCCCUUGUCACCCAGGCUCUCGAUGUCCUGGCUCCGGUCCUUCCAACACGCACUGCCAGCAAUCAAGGCGCAGAGGCUCGAUAUCCUAUCUGGGCUAAAUGGCCCCGCCGCAUUCUGUCAGAGGAGACUGCCAACCUGCAACAGGUAAUGAGCAUUUUCCAGUUCUUGGUUCGGCAACCUGAUUUGUUCUAUGAGUCGCGCGAGCAUUUCAUCCCUCUCAUCGUUCCCUCGUUGAUCAAGAUUGCGGGCCCGCCAAAUACCUCAAAUGACAGCAAAAAGCUCGCACUGAAUCUUAUUGGCUUGAUCUGGCACUGGGAAGAGAGGACCGCUCAAUCGGCGGAGACCCAUGCAACUGUACCCAAUGGUGUUACCGAAUCACCGAACACGAAGAAGCGCAAGCUUGAAGAGGCCGAUGGAGCCUCCCAGUCACCAUCUCUAGGACCUCCUGCGACCAAGAUUGAUUACACGGUGCCAGCUGAGCUUCGCGGGGCUCUUAUCAAGUAUCUUAUCACCUUCAUUACUACCAUCCCUGAGCGCUUCCAGGUACCAGCUGCCCACAUCCGCACGCUGCCUUCGUCAAAGCCAGUCAUGCCAGUACCCACCGGUGACAUGAUCAACAAGGCCAUCAGUCUUCUCAGGAAUCUCCUCUCCCCCAAGUACUGGGGAGACCUUGACAUCGAUCUCUACCAGAAGGUGACCGAGCCAAUUCUGACCGGGGAAAAAGCAGACAAGCCUGAUGACAAGCACAUCACUGUCAUGGUCAACGCCCUGCAGGUCUUGCGCGUACUCAUCGCAGCGAAGCCUAACGAGUGGAUCACGGCUCGUCUCCCAAGCAUUCAGAAGCUCCUCGAGAAGCCAUUGAAGUCUGAUAAUCCUGAAAUCCAAGAUUGUUUGCAUGGCCUGGAGGAUGAUAUGGAUAUUUCUCCCAAGUUGCCACCUCCGGUGCGCUAUGUUCUCGAGGCUAUUCCGGAUGACCAACCUGACGAAGAGGAUGCCAUGGAUACCGAAAGCACACCUUCAGAAUUCGGAAGCUACUUGUCCGCAAUCGCCACCGAGACCCUCUCAGCAAGCAACUACGUGUCGAGUCUGAACACACUCUGGACGCUAUCGAAGAUCAAGCCUGCCGAGAUCGAUACGCAUAUCCCUGCUGUCAUGAAGGCGUUCUCCCAGAAGUUGGCCAAGGACCAUGUUGCAGCUUCUACCACCCAGAAUGCUGCGCAGAGCGGUGCGCAGAGCGGUGCGCAGAAUGGACAGAAUGGGCAAACUCCCCCGAAUGGACAAGCGCCUAAACCAGCCGAAGGGGUCCCAGAUCAACAAGAAGCCGAAUUGGGUGUCGAUCUCAUUUUCAAAACAAUUGAAUUGAUCUCAGUCCGAAUGUCCCACCUUGGCGACCAGCGUCGUCCGUUCCUAAGUGUUCUGGCUUCGAUAGUGGAGCGUUCGCAGAAUAUCAAGCUUUGCAGCAAGGUUCUGGGCAUGGCCGAGUCCUGGAUUUUCCACUCAACAGAGUCUUGGCCCACUCUGAAGGAAAAGACAGCAGUUCUUCACAAGAUGCUGCUAUUCGAAUCCAGACCCGACCAAACGAUGCUGAAGAAGUUCCUUGACUUGGUGAUUCGCAUCUAUGAGGAUCAAAAGAUCACUCGCACUGAGUUGACUGUUCGCCUCGAGCACGCUUUCUUGAUUGGCACAAGAGCUCAAGAUGUUGAGAUGCGUAAUCGAUUCAUGGGUAUAUUUGAUAAGAGUUUGACGCGCCUUGCUAGCUCGCGUUUGAGCUAUGUUCUUACCUGCCAAAACUGGGAUACCCUUGCCGAUUCCUUCUGGCUGGCCCAGGCAUCGCAUCUGAUUCUCGGAUGCGUGGACAUGAAUACAACUGCCCGUCUUCACUCCGACGAUUUUACGCUAUCGCCGCUAUCAUUCCUCUUUGCGGGUGGUGACAAGGAUGAAAGAAAACCAGACAUCAUGGUCGACAAUAAGCUGGAGAACUUUGUCGUGGAGCGCAAGCGCUUCAUGUCUGAUAUCGGCGACGUUCGAGUUCGAGACUUGAUCGAACCUCUCUGCCAGCUUCAACACACCGACUCUAAUGUUUCGUACAAGCUCUGGACCACACUGUUCCCGAUUUUCUGGUCAACUUUGUCAAAGGAAGAUCGCAUUGACCUCGAAAAGGGAAUGGUCACAUUGCUCACCCGAGAGUACCACCAGAGACAGUUGGACAAACGACCAAAUGUCGUUCAAGCCCUCCUCGAGGGUGUUGUACGGGCUCGACCUCGUUUCAAGUUUCCUCCUCACGUUAUGAAAUACCUCAGCCGUACCUACGAUGCCUGGUAUGUCGCUGCCACAUACCUCGAGGAAAGUGCCAUCAAUCCCAUCAUCGACACCUCCACUGUCCGUGAAAGCAACCUUGAUGCUUUGGUCGAAGUCUAUGCUGGUCUCCAGGAAGACGAUUUCUUCUAUGGUACAUGGCGACGCCGCUGCCGAUUCGUUGAAACCAAUGCGGCUCUGUCCUAUGAGCAACAGGGCAUGUGGGACAAGUCGCAGCAGCUAUAUGAAAAUGCACAGAUCAAGGCCCGCUCUGGAGCCAUGCCAUUCUCGCAGGGUGAAUACUUUGUUUGGGAAGACCAUUGGCUUAUUUGCGCCCAGAAGCUUCAGCAAUGGGAGAUCUUGAGUGACUUUGCUAAGCAUGAGAACUUGAACGAUCUUCUUCUUGAGUCUGCUUGGCGCAACAUUGAGAACUGGCAGAGCGAAGGCAACAGAGAGCAAUUGGAGUCUCUUAUCAAGUCUGUAUCAGAUGCUCCGACCCCCAGGCGCACCUUCUUCCAGGCAUUCAUGGCUUUGCUACAAUACCAUAUCAAGAAGGAGAAUAUGCAGGACUUCAAUAGCGUCUGUGACGAGUCGAUUCAACUCUCCAUCCGCAAAUGGCUUCAAUUGCCGAAGCGUAUCACCAACGCUCACAUUCCCAUCUUGCAACAUUUCCAGUUGUUGGUUGAAUUGCACGAUGCCAGCCACAUCUGCGGUAGCUUGGCUCAGACCAAUGAGCGCAAUCUCGAUACCAAGUCAGCCGAACUGAAGCUUCUCCUUGGAACAUGGCGGGAUCGUCUGCCGAAUCUCUGGGAUGAUAUCAAUACCUGGCAGGACCUUGUUACCUGGCGCCAGCAUAUCUUCCAGCUUAUCAACGGUACCUAUCUCAGCUUACUUCCACCGCAGACCAACAACGUGGCUAGCAACUCCUACGCCUACCGUGGUUAUCACGAGACGGCCUGGAUCAUUAAUCGCUUCGCUCACGUCGCACGCAAGCAUCAAAUGCCCGAGGUCUGCAUCAACCAGUUGAGCCGCAUCUAUACCCUGCCGAACAUCGAAAUCCAGGAGGCAUUCCUCAAGCUGCGCGAACAAGCCAAGUGUCACUACCAAAACCCUAAGGAGCUCAACAGCGGCUUGGAUGUGAUCAACAAUACCAACCUCAACUACUUCGGCCCCCAGCAAAAGGCCGAGUUCUACACUCUGAAGGGAAUGUUUUUGGCCAAGCUUGAUCAUGUCAACGAGGCGAACGAAGCAUUUGGUGUCGCUCUCUACUAUGAUCUCCGUCUUGCGAAGGCCUGGUCUGAGUGGGGACAAUACAGUGACCAGCGAUUCAAGGCAGACUCCUCCGAUUAUGAGCUGGCUAGCAACGCAAGCGCGAAGUCCCGCAAGCUGCUGAGCCGUAUCUUAUGGCUCCUCAGUUUGGACAACGAGGAGGGUCAGAUCGCCAGUGCCUUCGAAAACUUCAAGGGCGAUACCCCUGUCUGGUACUGGAUUACCUUCAUCCCUCAGCUCCUCACCAGCCUGUCUCAUCGCGAGGCUCGUCUUUGCAAGGCUGUUUUAGUCAAGAUCGCCAAGUUGUUCCCGCAGGCUCUCUUCUUCCUCCUCCGUACGAACCGGGAGGACAUGCUUAGCAUCAAAAAGCAGCAUGACCAGAAGCAGGAGAAAUUGAAUCGUGCCAGACAGCAGCAACAGGCUAGCUCCUCACCCAGUACCAAGCCUCCUGCUACCGGCGAAGCUUCUCCAGCCCAGAAGCCUCCGACUAGCGUGCCUCCCAGCGCCUCCCCGGCUGGGCAAAAUAGCAACUUGCCGACAACUCAGUCCCCUGCGCAGAAUCAGAACCAGCAAGCUCCCAGCCAGUCCCCUGCUCAACCCCAGGUGCAAGCUUCGCCCCUUCAAGGACAAGCCCAAAGCCCCAGCCAAGGUCAAGCUGGCCAAACACCCGUCCCGCAGAACCCAGGACAGACCCCAGGUCAGCAAGGCCAUCUUCAGGUUCCAGGUCAGGGAGCCCAGCAGCAGCCAAACCAAGCAGCUUCCGCGGAGUCAACAGAGAAGGAGCCGCUCAAGAAGCCAUGGGAAUACUCGGACGAAAUCAUGUCCGGCCUCAAGACCGCCUUCCCGUUGCUUGCUCUUUCUAUGGAGACGAUGGUCGACCAGAUCCACAAGAACUUCAAGUGUCCUCCCGAUGAGGAUGCUUACAGGCUUAUCGUUGCUCUCUUGAAUGAUGGUCUGGCCUACGUGGGUCGUAUGCCCCAGUCUUACGCUCAGGAUACCAAGCUUCCCCCAGCCACAGAAGCCAACAUCACCAGGUUCGCAGAAACAAUUCUCCCGGCACACAUCCGCAAAUCUUUCGAGGCGGACUUUGUCACUAAGAAACCCACGAUGUACGAGUACAUCCAAAAGCUUCGUCGCUGGCGUGAUAAGUUUGAGGAGAAGCUGGAUCGUCGAGCCCAGCACGGAUCCCUUGAGGGCUACUCUCCGCACCUGAGCGAGUUUAGAUUUCUCAAGUUCGACGAAGUUGAGAUUCCUGGACAGUAUCUACUGCACAAGGACAAGAACCAGGACUUUGUUCGCAUUGAUCGUUUCCUGCCCGAUGUGGAUCUGGUUCGCGGCAUUGGAGUCUGCCACCGCCGUCUCAAGAUUCGUGGCCACGAUGGUAGUAUCCACGCUUUCGCUGUGCAGCACCCUGCCGCACGACACUGCCGUCGUGAGGAGCGUAUUCUUCAACUGUUCCGUAUUUUCAACGGGCUGUUGGCGAAGCGCAAAGAGAGCCGACGUCGCAAUCUUUACUUCCACCUGCCGCUGAUGGUGCCUCUGGCCCCUCACAUCCGCCUGGUUCGCGACGAUUCAUCAUACAUCUCUAUGCAAGGUAUCUACGAGGACUACAGCAGACGGGUUGGUAUCAACAAGGAUGAGCCGGUGCUCUUCACAAUGGAUCGCAUGCGAUCUUUGGCAGAAACAAAGCAAAAUCGCACGGCUGAUCAACAGCAGGUGCUUCGUACUGAGAUCUUGACUGCCAUUCAAGAUAAGUGGGUUCCUAGCAAUGUGGUGCUAGAGUACUUCCAGCAAACGUAUCCCAACUUUGCCGAUUUCUGGCUCUUCAGACGACAGUUUGCCUACCAGUACGCCGCGGUUGCUUUCAUGACUUAUGUGAUGCACAUUGGCAACCGUUACCCCAACAAGAUUUUGGUGUCGCGGUCCACAGGUGAUAUCUGGGGAGCCGAGUUGAUCCCAACAAUCAACCCGGCGAAGGCCAUAUUCUUCAACCCAGAGCAGGUCCCCUUUCGAUUCACGCCCAACAUCCAGACUCUGCUGGGCCCCAUUGCCACGGAGGGUCUGUUUGCCUGUGCCAUGAUGGCCAUCGCGCGCUGUUUGACGGAACCACGCCACGAGCUCGAGCAACAACUGAGCGUAUUCGUGCGUGAUGAGAUGAUGUUCUGGGCUACUGCCCAGCACCGCGGUCAGUUGGCUGUGCCACAGUUGCGUGAUCUGGUCUACAACAACAGCGAGAUCAUCGUCAACCGCGCCGUCAGCUUGGCCAGCCCGCCAGAGGGUAACUUGCCCGCCAACCAGACAACGAUCGAUUUGAUCUCCCGGGCUGUCAACCCCCAGCACCUGGCCUCUUGCGAUGCUUUGUGGAUGCCAUAUCUCUAG